AUGAGUGAAAUAUACAUUCCAUUUUUCACAAUAGUCACAACGUACUUGUCUUACUUUAUAGUGAUUGUUUUGGGGCAUGCUCGGGACUUCAUUGGGCAGAUGCUCUUCCCGAAGCUCUACAAGCACAUGUUUCCUAGCAAUGGGCGGCCGCCAUUGUUUACAGCCUCAGGAAGCUUCUACACAAGGCGUCUUUAUGGCAGGCUGAGUGAUUGCUGGAACAGGCCCAUCACAGGAAUACCAGGAAGAAAUGUGAAGGUUCUUUUGCGCGCCCGAGACAAGGAGGGCAACAUGUAUUUGACAGGAGAGUCAAAGGAGUGUCUUAAUUUAGCAUCGUAUAAUUAUCUGGGAUACGCAGGUAAGUAUAACAAAGAGGCAAAGCAGGCCCUCAUUGACUACCCAGUGGCAUAUUGUGGGCCUGUAAAGUUUCUUCCAGAGUGCCAGUUAGUCAGACAGUUAGAGAAGGAAAUAGCAGCAUUCCUGUAUAAGGAGGAUGCCAUAGUGUUCCCCAUGGGCUUUGCAACAAAUGCAUGCACCAUUCCAUACUUAGUAAAUAAGGACGACCUGAUAAUUGCAGACUCCCUGAACCACUCAAGUAUCUUUUUUGGGACUCGGAUCAGCCCGUGCAAAGUGGAGAGAUUCAAGCAUAAUGAUAUAGAUAUGCUAGAAAAAAUCCUUAGAAAGGCCAUCAUUGAGGGACAGGACAGGACACACCGGCCAAUUGGGCGGAUUCUUGUGAUAGUGGAGGGAAUCUACUCCAUGGAAGGAGAGUGUGUGAAAUUAAAGGAAAUAUUGGCCUUGAAAAAAAAGUAUCCAUUCUACCUGUUCAUUGACGAGGCGCACUCAAUUGGUGCUAUGGGGAAGACAGGAAGGGGGGUCUGCGAGUAUCUGGAUGUGGACUUUAAUGAGAUUGAUCUUCUAAUGGGAACAUUUACAAAGAGCUUUGGAGCAGCAGGGGGCUACAUUGCAGCAAACCAGAAGAUUGUAAACCUGCUCAGGAAGCGGUCUGAGCUGGUGAACCGAGGAGAGCAAAUGCCUCCUGUUGUGGCCACGCAGAUCCUUGAGUGUCUGAAGAGAAUGCAGACAGAGGAAGGAGUACAGGAAAUACAGACCCUAGCAAAGAACUCACGGUACUUUAGGAAGGCACUGCAUCGCAUGGGGUUUAUUGUGAUUGGGGAGAAGGAUUCUCCUGUAGUGCCACUGAUGCUUUACAAUCCAGGAAAAAUUGCAGAGUUCUCUAGAAUGUGCUUGAAGGAAAAUAUUGCGGUUGUUGUAGUAGGGUACCCUGCGACACCCGUGAUCAGCAGCAGAGUAAGGUUCUGUCUUUCAGUGGCGCACAAAAAGGAAGACUUGGACAAGGCACUUGAUGUCAUUGAUAAAAUAGGCGACAUGCUGAACUUAAAAAUGGCAAAAAAACAAGUAUGCUAG